GGCUUCACCACAUCGCUCCUCGCGCCAUGCAGCCCUCAAUGACGACCCCCCGAAGCUUUACGCCCUACACGCGAAGGGUGUCGAUGUCGCCUUCGCCUGCACACAUCAAGAUAGGGCAGGUGUCGCAAAUGAUGACCACAGCCAGCACGCCUUCGUUAUCCAUCCAGGGUCCCACAGCACUUCAGAGGAGCAUGGACCAAAUGAAGAAGGAUUUCUGCAGCAGCCACGAGCGCCUGUCGAAGCUCCUUGAGGCGGAGCGCGCGCAGCGCGCCAGUACCAUGGCAUCGCUGCAGAAGCAGGUGGAUGGCCUGCAGUCGACGGUUGCAGGCCUCUGGCGGGAGGUGCAGGCCAAAGCCAGCCCUGACUCGUCACACCAGCCGACGGAUCACACGCCGGCGGCGGAUCCCAAGCCGGCAACAGAUCCCGAGCCGACGCCCGGGUCUCAUGCGGCUGAAGCGACGGAAGUGGCGGAGGAGGAGAGCCAGGGGGAGUUGCAGAAGAGUUUGGCUGCUACUUUGCGGGCAGAUGUAUCACAGGCCCAGGAGGAGCUGAGGCAGUCAGUGAAGGCGGCUGAGGACCUCAUCCGCGCCAAGGUUGAGCACAGCUUCCGUGACAUCAUGUCCAAGGGCUUCGCCGACAUCGAAAGAUUGGACGCCCGCGUGGCUGAGCUUUCGGACAUCCUGAAGCCUGUCAAGUGCGAGCUUGCUUCGCCACUGCAGCAGAGCCAGGAUGCAACGGUGGCAUCCAGUUCAGAGCCAGAAGUGAGGGCGGAGUGCGGCAAUGCGUUGUCCAAGAUGGACCUGCAGGCAGUGCUGACUGAGGGUGAUGCGCCUUCUCGCGGGUG